AUGUGUUGGCACAAUAUUUUGUACGGAGGCGGUAAUACCUAUAUUCUUAUACAUAGGCCUAUAUAAGAUAUAUAUAUAAUAUAUAUUCUUGGCUAAAAUCACGCUUCCUCUAAUAAGGAGAGAGACCGCUAUAGAAGAAUGAGCAAUGCAAGGGCGAAGACACUUUGUAUACUGGCUAUGGUUGUGAUUGUCAGUCUGUUUUGUACGGUCUUCAGGAGGAACGUCCGCAAAGCCGCAGUUACGGCAGAUUCAGAGACAUGCUCAAUGGUCGGCAGAGACAUCUUGCAGGACGGAGGUUCAGCAGUAGAUGGCGCCAUCGCAGCCCUUCUUUGCAGCUCUGUAAUGAACCCACACAGUGCUGGCGUUGGGGGGGGCGCCAUAUUCACUGUCAUGGAGGAAACUGGCAACGUCAAGAUCAUUAAUUCCAGGGAGACGGUGCCGGUGCUGUUUAAACCGGACCUGUUAAAGUACUGCUCAAAUUAUCAAAAAGGCAGCCAGUGGAUCGGCGUUCCGGGACAGAUUCGUGGGAUGGAGCAGGCUCACAAUUUGUACGGGAAGCUGCCAUGGGCCAAGCUCUUUCAACCCGCCAUCCAAAUGGCCCGGGAGGGGGUGACUGUCUCCGCUGACCUUGACAGAAUACUUCGCCGGAAAGCUUCCACGCGGUCGCAGCUUUGUGACAUUCUCUGCUAUGGGAACAAGACAGUCUUUCGCCAAGGAGCCAUCGUGAGGUUUCCAAAGCUGGCGGAAACCUUGGAGAUCAUAGCAAAUUAUGGGGCCAAUGCCUUCUACACGGGCAGAAUCGCGCGCGACUUGAUCCAGGACAUAAAAGAAGCAGGUGGAACUUUAACAAUGGAAGAUCUGAGAUCCUUUCAGGCCAAAGUAGCAGAUGCAUGGGCAGUUCCCAUAGGAGAGUUUAUCAUGUACAUCCCACCACCGCCAGCAGGGGGAGGUAUUCUUAGCCUCAUUCUUAACAUCAUGAAAGGGUACAAACUCAGCCCUUCCUCCCUUGAGGGUGACCAGAAAGCACUAACCUACCACCGCUACAUCGAGGCUCUCAAAUUCGCAAAUGCCCAGUGGAAGAAGACUGGUGACCUAGACUUUGAAGAACUUCCAUUGAUAAGUGACGAGCUUGCAGAGAGAGUCCGGACCAGGAUCAGCGACACAUUGGCCACAGGUCGCCAAGACGACAACAUCACCCUCUCAUUGGACCCUUUCGGUACCGCCCAUGUGUCAGUGUUGGCUCCUGACGGCACUGCAGCAUCGGUCACCAGCACCACCAACCAACACAUUAACUCCAUGGCAUAUUCACGGAAAACAGGGGUGACCCUUAACAGCGAACUGGCAGGUUUUUGUUGGAAAAAGAAUCGCAUUACUUCCGGGGAAGAGCCUCCGUCCUUAAUUUCCCCAUUGAUAGUCUAUUCAAAGUCCCAGAAGAAGAUGUUAGUUAUUGGAGCGUCUGGGGGUGCCAUGAUCACCACAAGACUGGCCAUGGCAAUGAUGAACCACCUCUGGUUUGAAAAGAACCUGAACGAUUCAAUUUCCUCUCCUGUGCUGAUCCUGAAUCAGAAUGGUACAGUAUUUUACGAGCAGGGGUUUGAUGAGUCUGUUGUCAAGAAGCUGGAAUUUUUUGGACACGACAUGCAGGAAACGGAAGGAGUGUAUAACGCAGUCAAUGCUGUGUUGAAGGAGGGAUCUUACAUUUCUGCCGUGUCGGAUGCCAGGAUGGGUGGCAAAGCGGCAGGAUUUGUCGAAGGCAUGGCGCCCCGAGAGCGGUUGGCCAUCGGCGCCGUGGUGGCCGUCUUGAUCAUCAUUGUGUGCAUAAUUGUCGCAAGGCAUGCAUCUGAGCAUCAGUGCUUUAGAAAUGCAGCAGUGGCUUCAGACUCGCUGACAUGCUCUGUGGUCGGCAGGGACAUCCUGAAGCAAGGAGGCUCGGCAGUAGAUGGCGCCAUUGCCGCACUGCUCUGCAUUUAUCUGGUGAACCCACACAGUGCAGGUUUGGGUGGAGGGGCUGUGUUCACCAUUAUGGAGAAGACAGGCAAGGUCAAGAUUGUUAAUUCUAGGGAGACGGUACCUGCGGCGUUAAAACCUGAUCUGAUGAAGGAUUGUUCAAAGGGUUCACAAGGCAGUCAGUGGAUAGGCGUGCCGGGGGAAAUCCGUGCCUUUGAACAGGCUCACAAUCUUUAUGGGAAGCUGCCAUGGGCUAAGCUGUUUGAGCCUGCCAUCAGACUGGCCCGAGAGGGGGUCCCUGUGUCCGCCUACCUUGCAAAACUCCUGCAGAAGGACGAUAUUAAACAGCGAGUGGAAGGAUCCCAGCUAUGUGAAAUUCUCUGCUAUGGGAACAAGACAGUCUUUCGCCAAGGAGCCAUCAUGAGGUUUCCAAAGCUGGCGGAAACCUUGGAGAUCAUAGCAAAUUAUGGGGCCAAUGCCUUCUACACGGGCAGAAUCGCUCGCGACUUGAUCGAGGAGAUAAAAGAAGCAGGGGGAACAUUAACGAUGGAAGAUCUGAGGUCCUUUCAGGCAAAAGUGACUGAUGCAUGGACAGUUCCAAUAGAUGACUAUGUCAUGCACUUCCCACCACCGCCAACAGGGGGCGCUAUUCUUGCCUUUCUCCUGAACGUCAUGAAAGGGUACAAACUCAGCCCUUCCUCCCUUAAGGGUGACCAGAAAGCACUAACAUAUCACCGCUACAUCGAGGCCCUCAAAUUCACAAAUGCUCAACGGAAGAAUACUGGUGACCCUGACUUCAAUCCUGGAGAUGGAGCCGCUCACUUGAUUGAAGAGGCGUUUGCAGAUCGAGUGAGGGCCAUGAUCAGCGACAGCAGAACCUACAACCCCAAUUACUACAAUGUCACCCCUUCCUUGGACCGCUUCGGUACCACCCAUCUGUCAGUUUUAGCUGCCGAUGGCUCUGCGGUAUCAGUUACCAGCACCAUCAAUGACAAGUUUGGCUCUGGUGUGUACUCACACAGAACAGGGGUGAUCCUCAACAACGAAAUAGCUGAUUUCUGCGGGAUCAAGGACAACGUGAACACCAGUAGGAUCGGACAUACGCAGAUUACGUUUGACACAGUUUGCAGAUUCUCUUUUUAUCUUAGCAAAGUACAUCAACAGAAUUAUGCUGCAAUAUAUAAACAUGGGUAUGGUCAUGGUGUGAGAUACCUGGUGGGGGUGUUAUUCUCAGGAGAACAGCCUCCUUCCUCAAUGGCCCCGUCGAUACUGUACUCAAAGGCCAAGAGUAGGACAAUGGUUAUUGGUGCAUCAGGAGGCACCAUGAUCACCACAGGAAUAGCCAUGGCCCUGAUGAACCACCUGUGGUUUGGGAUGGACCUCGAAGACGCCAUCGCUGCUCCUGUGCUGUUUGUGAGACAAAACACCACAGAGGAAUAUGAGCGGGGUUUUGAUGAGACCGUCCUGCAGGAGCUGAAAACCUUCGGGCACCAUAACCAAGAGCUGGCGACAGUCCGCAACGUGGUCAAUGCUGUGGUUAUGGAGGGUUCCUGCAUUGUAGCCCAGUCCGAUGCCAGAAGGGACGCGGAAGCUGCAGGCUACUGACCCAGCCAGGAACGUGACUUCAUAUGACUGAUGAAUUGUAACUUCAGUUUGGUUAACAGGUUUCUAAGCGCCUUAGGUGGUACUGACUGCUUGAAGAAGUUGUACGCUCAUGGGUGUUUCUCAUACACAGAAAUGUUCUGAGAGCAGAAAGAAAUAUGAUUGGUUCUGAGAGACUGUGAUGCCCGGCUCGUGCGCUCCUUGUGUGUGCCACGCCCCCUGAUUACCCACGUGUGUUUCCCUGAUCGUCGCCAGCUGUGACUAGUUAUUUUGAUCAGUCCUGUCUAUUUGAGUCCUUGUCUUGCCAGAGUUGAUUGUCCGUCAUUGAUGUUACCCGAUGUAACUCGAUGGUCGAGCCUUUUGUUCCUGUUCCGUCCGUUCUGUCCUGCCCGUACCUGAAUAAACCCCAGUUUCCCCGUAUUCUGCCUGCUUACUGCUCGCAUCACCUGCACGUGAGAUCGCCAGCCUAAUUGCCGAUCGUGACAGAGAUAACCAAUCAGAUUGUACAGGAGCUGGGUCAAAGCAACUAGUGGAGGUGGGACAAACCAGUGUCUUGGUCUUACCUCCUCUAGUUGGUUGGACCCUACUCCUCUACAAUUCGAUUGGUUACGUCCCUGAGCCAAUCAUUUUCCCGUCUGCCCUCAGAACAUUUUGUGUAAGUAAAACUCCCAUGAGCGAAAUAUACUUAAUCACCACAUGAUAAAAUUUAAGAAUAUUUGCGGUGCUUUCAUUUUAGUUGGAAAAUUUGGUUAAGAUCUUAAUUUUGGUUGCACAGUUGCAAAGCUGACUAGUGCGCUGUAAAAAAAAAAAAAAAAGUAUGGUGAAAUGUCUGUGGUAGUAAACUUAAGACCUUUGUCACUUGUUCAUAAACUUAUCGCAUUUUUAUUUAAUUUUGAUUUACAGUGUUUACUACACUUGUUGGGAUAUGUCAAAAAUGUAUGCCCAUAUUUUUUGUUAUAAUUGUGUAUUUUCCACAUACAGCACGACCAUUUAAUGAGUACAUCUGCUCUAAAAUCAUGUGUGGUAUUUGGAGGGGGGGGGGGGUGCCCCCCCAUUCACCUGAAUCAAAAUUACUAUUACUUCGCAAGAGAAUAGUGCAGUGUUCUCUGCACCUUUGCAUAAGCAGUUUGUAGACAAAAUAUUAGAUAAUGGCUGCACCCAAUACCUGUGUUAACACAGAUAAGCAAGUAAGUAAGAUAAGCAAGAUGAUUUUUUAAUUUUUUUUUUGCCACCACCCCCAGUGCCAAAACCAAAUUCUACCUAUGUAUAAAAAUACAUGACAAUAUAUAAACAUGCAUUAUAUAACAGUU